UCACCAUGACAGUGACGUCACCGAGCACGCUGACGUCAGCCAGUGGCCUACCGGACGUCGCCCAGUAUCUCCCCCACUCCAGUGCUGGUUAGGCUGAUCGGUCUCGACAGGACUCGUCACGAGUGGGUUUGGCUGUCGCUGUCACUAGCGGCCCGAGUGUAAGACGUUCUUCCUGUGACGGGAUCUGGGCAGGAGGCGGCUCCCCGGGGGGACCCGAGACGUUCACCCCGGUGAUUGGCUGGAGCAGGUCACUGAUCUGGGAGUUCAGAGGACGCAGUUUGUUAUGGAAGAAGUGUCCCAAGAAGGGCAGCAGAGAUUGCAAGAAUACCUGGACUAGCAGCGUUAUCUGCUUACCUGGUCAUCUAGACUCACUCAGUUCCUUCAACAGGUGAGCCAGCCUGUGAAGUAUCAGAUGUGUUAACGCCAACCUUGAAGAAUUAUUUUGCUCGUCUGUCGAAAGAUCGCUGCGUGAAAAGGACAACUUUCCAAAAGAUGUCUGUAAGAGGAGCGACUCCCCUCACCGUGAUGCUGCCAGGGGAACAGGUCCAAGUUCAGGGGGUCAUCCAGACAGCCCAGUCUUCAUCUGUAAUACAUUCUCCUCAGGUACCUGCAUCUCAGGCAUCAUCUCAGUCUGACAGUGAGGACUCCCAGGAUUCAUCCGACAGCAUCAAUUCCUCCCAAAAGGCACAUGGGAAUUUGGUGCGUCGGCCAUCUUACAGAAAAAUCUUGAACGAUCUGUCCUCAGAAGACGGUGCAGACAGGAGGCGAAACGACGAUAGUGCGGGGGUUUCCUCUGUUACAUCCAUGUCUCCUUCCACAACUAUAUACCAGACAAGCAGUGGGCAGUAUGUGACUUUUGCAGCCAACGGUACUCUGCAGUUUGCUGGCUCGGAUGGGAUGCCACUGUCGGUGGCAAAUGCUGGCAGUAAUCAGGCGGGUACAACCAUCCUGCAGUAUGCCCAGACCUCCGACGGACAGCAGAUCCUUGUACCCGGCAAUCAAGUGGUUGUGCAGACUGCAUCAGGAGACAUGCAGACAUACCAGAUACGAACCACGUCCACCACCACCUCCCUUCCACAAACCGUAGUCAUGACCUCCCCUCUCACACUGUCCUGCGGGACAACGAAGACCGAUGAUCCACACUUGAAACGUGAAAUAAGGUUAAUGAAAAACAGGGAGGCUGCCCGGGAAUGCCGUCGGAAGAAGAAAGAAUAUGUUAAGUGUUUGGAAAACAGGGUGGCGGUUCUGGAAAAUCAAAACAAGACUUUAAUUGAAGAACUAAAGAGUUUAAAGGACCUCUACUGCCACAAAACAGUUUAAAAUUGUUUAUUUUUUUUUCUUCCUUUUGAACUGUAUUAAUUUUAAAUGAGAUAAAAAAAAAAAACACUUUGGUUUCUUUUAUACCAAAUUUUUCUAAACGUAUAUAGAAAACGUGAAAGGUCAAAGAUGAAUCUAUUUUUUUUUUCUAUCUAGCCUUCACUGUGGUUAAGAGACAAUAAACACUGCGUUUCGCCAUCAUACGUUGCCUAUGUCGGGAGUAAAAACAUAUUUAUGAGUUGUGUGUUGCAAUUAGUGAUUUCCUACAGUUAACGAGUAGUAGCACGAGGCAUUCUGUUAUUUGGCAAGUCCACCGAAUGGUCAGAUAAUGACAAAUUGCCGCGUGUAACUGUAGGUUUUUAUGUUUUCAUUACUUUUUUUUAUUACAAUUUUAUGUACAUAUUUUGCUUCGUUCUGUUAUCCCCGGUUUUGGAGUUAAUGCUUAUUUUGCUAGAUGUAAAACGUUGCAAAAAGUUUCGUAAUUUCAUCAGGCGUCUAUAAUUUCCUGGUUAUGUUUAAGUUGUUUGUUUUUCUCAUCUAUCUAUUGGGGUUAAAGGGGGUCUUUUGCCAAUUUUAUUCCAGAGGGCAUCCUUGGCACAUGCAUUAUUUGCCACGAAGUGCUCUUCAUACAUCAGGUUUAAACCAAAUGCCGGUUAGUUGGUAAAGUUGAACAAAAAACCUUGUAAAACUUCUUCAUAUUUUUGGCUACUGGGUGUGAUUUAAAAUGAUAUAAUAAAUAGUGUGAUUAUUUACAUAA